AAAAUAUAUAUAAAAAAAUAAAAACAAAACAAAAGAGGCCGCGCUUUGCUUUGUAUGCAGUUCAUCGAACAAGAAGAAGAAGAAGAAGAAGAAGAAGGUCUAGGGUUUGAGGUUGAUCCAGAGGAGCAUAGAGAAGAUGGCCGUAUCUCAUGGAGCUUCGAGCUCCCCCACCUCCAGCUCGAGUUCGCCUGCGCCGUUCCUCAUGAAGACGUAUCAAAUGGUCGAUGAUCCGGCGACGAACACCAUCGUCUCGUGGAGUUCAUCGAACAUUAGCUUCGUUGUCUGGAAGUUGGCGGAGUUUUCGCGUGACCUUCUCCCCAAGUACUUCAAGCAUAACAAUUUCUCCAGCUUUGUACGCCAGCUCAAUACUUAUGGUUUCCAUAAAAUUGAUCCAGAUCGAUGGGAAUUUGCGAACGAGGAGUUUGUUAGAGGGCAGAGGCACUUGUUGAGGAAUAUUCACCGGCGGAAGCCAAUUCACAGUCACUCUCUGCACCACAACACAUCAGCGCCUUUAGCCGAAGAUGAAAAACAUGAGCUUGAGGAGGAGAUUGAUAGACUGAAACAUGAUAAAGAUAUCCUCUUAUUUGAGCUUCAGAAGCAUACAAUGCAGCAGCAAGGAUUGGAGAGCAUAAUUCAAGUUCUUGAGGAGAGACUGCUGAUACUUGAGCAGCGGCAGAAAGAUAUCAUUGCAUUUUUGGCUAAAGUUGUACAGACACCUGGUUUUGUUCCAGAUCUUUUUUACCAGUCUAAUCUUCAUCACAAGAAGAGAAGAUUGCCAAGAAUUGAUUACUUGUUUGAGGAUGACAAGAUUGAAGAAAAGCAGAUCAUUUCGUUCCAGACCGUGAGAAUGGAUCAGAGAGAUAUUGGAUCUAUGCAGAUUCUUGACACAGAAUUGUUUGAUAAUGUUGAGUCAUCGAUAAGUUCAUUGGAGGCCUUUUUCAGCAACGUUAGUGAGGCAUCUGGUGAGGACUUACAGAAUGAUGAUAGAAUACUAAGCCAACCUUGUGCAUUAUCAGAUGAGGCUAAUGUGAAUACCAAUAUGAGGCUUUUACCUUCUGAAUUGCCUCUUCCUCUUAGUUUGGGACAGUCUGUGAAUCAUGUAGGAAAUAUUGUUGACGAAACCAAGUUAUCAGCAAAUCAUGUGACAGGGACUGCCAUUGCCACCUUGCCAACCAGUGUAAAUGAUGUAUUCUGGGAGCAAUUCCUUUCAGAAUCUCCUGGUUCAUCGGCCUCAAAAGAUGCAGAUGAUAAAAUAAGCACUGAAAAGAUGAUAGAGAAGACAGUGUGGUGCAGAGAAAGGAAUGUUGAACAUCUCACAGAACAAAUGGGGCAUCUCUCUUCAGUAGAGAGAACAUGAAGUGAAGCCAAUGCUACUGCUCCUCGAAGAGCUUUAAGCUCCGCAGACACCAUUGCCGCCUUCCUCGUCCCGCAGAACACUGUGAGAGCAAAGCUAGGAUUGCCUCCAUUGCAAUGGAGCAACAAUUUGGUAAA